AGCUAUAUUUAGCAGAGCCAUAGUAGUUUAGUAAAUUUUAUCAAAAACAACUUUUUCUUGUUGGGGCAUUUUUUUUUUCAACAUAAACUUGAGAAUGUAUAGUUUUAAUGGUGACUUUCGACAAAAGCCUGUGCAGUCUUUACGAGGGGCAAGUAAAAAUGAAAAGAAAGAAAAUUUACUACAAAGAGCUCAGGAAGAAAGACGUAAAAGAGAGGAGUUGAGACUACAGAUAGCAAGUGCCACUUUAAUUCAGUCUCACUAUAGAGGUUAUAAUAUCAGAAAAAAUCUGUUUUCACAGCUGCGAGUGGAGUAUGACAAAAAAUUUCACUUGAAAAGUAAUUCCCCAGAUGUACCAACCUUACACUGGUGUAUAACAAAACUCUGCAUUUUCUUCAAUGAUCAUCUUGAUGCCCAGCGUUUGAUUACAUUGAGCCAACAAUUAAUAAAACAAAAAGAUGAAUAUUUCAAAAGUUUCCAUGGAAACAGUGGAACUUUGUUUAGACAAAUCAAUUCAAUCUUGAGGCUUAUUGUAAGGCAUCUGAACAACAUCUCUGACACAGUGACUCCAAUAGCUAUCCCAAUGAGAAUGUUGGAAAUCUUUCUGUCUCCAUCAACAUAUAAUAACAGUGGAAGUUUAUGGUCUGACUUUGACAAUGGGAAAUUUGUCAUGAAUCUCUUGCAGAGUCUGGUUAAUAAAGAAUACUUUGGUUGUUUGAGAAAGUUAUUGAACAGCAGAGUUCCGGCAAGUUUAGAGAAAACUACAGUUCCACCAACACCUAUUGCAGAAUCUAUAUUUGAUCUGAUUAUGAGUCCUGUUAGUUUUGCUGUUUCGGCACCAGAUAAAACAUUCAGGCAAGACAUUUUGAGGAAAGUAACGAAAACUUUUCUCUGUGAGCAGUACUCUGAACAAAUUGCUUUGUUUUUAUUACCUGCUAUGGCUUAUGGGAAAUACCCAUUCCCAUUUGUGGAGCUUAUACUAACUUUAAUUCAAGGGACAUCAUCAAAAACUCUACAGUUCCCAAGCUCUAGUAGCUCUGUGGUUGACGAUGAACAGGAGACCAAUGAAGAUUCACCUUGGCUCUUGGCAUCUGUACUUAUGAUAGCUAAUAAAGAACUAGAGAACAUAGAUGAGAAGAUGUGUGCUACAUAUCUAAAGCUCUUACAGAGACUGUUGAAACAACUUCCCAGCAAUAAGCAUGUCAGUUUCAGUCUUGGUCAGGUGUCAGACUCGGAGGAUGAGAUGGAAGAAGACUUGGACACAGGGCUGCUUAACCUUGUUCAUCUUCAUGCAGAAUGUUUGCGACUAAUUGACUCAGAGGCUCAUCUAAAGUGUAUCUACAAUGUUUUAAUGAAGUUACCCCCCUCUGAAUACAUUGAGUCUCUCUCAUCAGUUGCUUAUUGUUUGCUGCGUCAUCAGCGACUGGCACUUCACAAAGUUAGGUUGCUCUAUGUCUUGGCCUUCAAUCCCCAGUUCAUGAGAUAUUUAUGGGAAGCUUGCUGUACAGCUUCUGUACCUACAGUGACAAGAUCCACUACAUCAUUGUUGAAUAUGUUGUCUAAGGGAGUCCCCAUGUCCAAGGCUAAUAUUGAUAAGAUUGUCCCCCUGUUGGCAACAUUCUGUUCUUUAUUCAAUCAUUCAUUAUUGACAUUACAUGAUGAAGACUUCUAUGGGGAUUCAACCUUAUCCUCUUCCACCAUGCCAUUCUCUCUCGAUGAAAUAGUCCUAAUGUGCAGAUAUUUAAGAGACACGUGUUUAGGUAUUAUAGAACUGGCUCACCCAGACUCUCGAUUUACCAUCAGUGAAGAUUAUAAACAGGCUCUAGAGAAGACAGCUUCAGUGGAUGAAGGCUUUAGUGAAAAAAGAGAACUUGAAACAGAUGAUUAUGGAACAAAGCUUUGGUCUUAUCUUUUUAAGAUUAUUUCCACACUAGUCAGACAACUUCACGGUAGAGAUAGCCGACGUCCAUUCUGUCCACAUGGUCACUGGUUGGCUCCUAAUGUUAGCAUUCGAACAGACAGGCCAUCACAGAUUUAUAUGGCACAAAACGCCAUCUUUGUGCGCAGGGACUUUGGUACACUCAGUUCCUUAACAAAAGCCAACACUGACACUGACACUCCUCCACUAGCCAAUCGUGAUGUCAGGAACUUAGUGAUAUUAACUGAACUGCCCUUUGUUGUCUCAUUUUUAGACAGAGUAAAGAUUCUACAAAACCUAAUUAUUGUUGACAAACAAGAACACCAGGGAGAUUUAAUCAAUUUUGGAAUUGGUCCUUCCAUUGUCAUAAAUAUCAGAAGAAACUUUAUCUAUGAGGAUGCCUUUGAAAAACUAUCUCCAGAGAAUGAGCCCAAUUUGAAGAGAAAAAUGAGAGUUAGUCUCCUCAAUGCAGCAGGUCUUGAUGAAGCUGGUAUUGAUGGUGGAGGUAUAUUCAGGGAAUUUUUGUCUGAACUCUUGAAGACUGGCUUUGAUCCCAACAGAGGAUUUUUCAAAUAUACAGAGGACCGUGCAUUGUAUCCUAACCCAGAAGCUGGACUUCUUAUUGAUAAUUUUGCUGCUCAUUAUUUUUUCUUAGGGCGCAUGUUGGGAAAGGCACUUUUAGAGAAUCUACUGGUUGAAAUUCCAUUUGCUUCUUUUUUCCUAACAAAAAUUUUGAGUUCUAGUAAUGCAAGUUUAGACAUUCAUCACUUGCAAUCUAUGGAUCCACUGAUGUACAAAAAUUUAGUUUAUUUGAAAAACUAUGGAGGAGAUGUUUCAGAUCUUGGACUUGAUUUCACAGUAGUCAACAGUGAAUUUGGUGAAACUAAAGUUGAAGAACUUAAGCCUGGGGGUAGAAAUAUUCAAGUUACAGACUCCAAUAAAAUAGAAUAUAUUCAUCUGAUGGCUGACUAUAGAAUAAACAAACAGAUCCGUCCUCACUGCAAUGCCUUUAGGAGAGGCAUGAAUGAUGUCAUACAACUUGAAUGGCUUCAAAUGUUCAACAGUGUAGAAUUACAAGUUUUGAUAUCAGGUGCUUCUGUGCCAAUUGACUUAAUGGAUUUGAGACAGCACACCAAAUACUCUGGAGAAUUUAGUGAUACUCAUCCUGUGAUUGAAUUAUUUUGGGCUGUGGUGAAUGAAUUCACUGACCAUCAAAAGAGACAACUUCUCAAAUUUGUCACCAGCUGCUCACGACCACCUUUAUUAGGGUUUAAGGAUCUGUACCCAGCUUUCUGUAUACACAGCGCUGGUUAUGAAGUGGACCGCUUACCAACAGCUAGUACUUGCAUGAACUUGCUCAAACUGCCAGCAUUCCAGGAUGCCAAGACAAUGAAAAGUAAACUUCUCUAUGCCAUAGAAUCUGGUGCUGGCUUUGAGCUGAGCUAAUACAUUGCUUCUAAGGGGCUAUUGGGAUAACGCAUAUUUGAUUUGACAAAACUCACUGUUAAAGAUCUUGUGUUUUGGGCUGCAAGUGUUUAAGAUUUAAUUCCAUAUUUUUUUCUCACUGAAUUUUAGCAUGUUAUUAUGAAACAAUUCAUUGAACACUACUAGUGUUGUAUGCUUUAUGUAAAACAAUAUGGUGUAUGUAUCUCUUUUAAAUCUCAUAGUUUGUGGGCAAUAAUUAUUUAGGAGAUACAAUUUUUUAAAAAAAUUUGUACUUGAUAUGAAAAAGAUGAUUUAUGUAAUAUGAAUCCAUCAUCUUAUGAUGUGAUACAUUGUAUAUCAUUCAAUGUGAUAUUUAACUUAUUCCUAGUUUCAUAUCACAGUUUUGAAACGCCAAAUGUUUUUUUUCUUAUUCAAUUGUGCAGUGUGAAAACAAAUAUUUCUGGAUCUCUGAGUAGAGUAUAAUUCUAUUACACACUAACCCAUAUAUUAUUGGCAAUAUUCUCAGUAGCUAAUUAGAAAAAAAAAGUAAUUUUUUAAAGUUAUUUAAAGGAAAGGCAGAGGUAAAACACAUUUUGAUUUUGGUUGUUAUGAAAUAUUUAUGACUAUUGAAAUAUAUAAACAUUUUGUACAAUGUCUUUUUUUUUAUAUAUAUAAAUCUGAGAGAAAAAAAAUUCUCCUUUAAAAAAUAACAAAAAGUUUAACAUGUCUAAGUUAUGUAAUUCAAAGGCUUACGGCUCUCAUGUUUGUCCUGAUGGUCAUCAGAGAGAGAGUCAACACACUCAACCUUGUGUAAUUCAAAGGCUUAAGGCUCUAGAGCAUGUUUGUCCUGAUGGUCAUCAGAGAGAGAGUCAACACACUCAACCUUGUGUAAUUGCCUAAGGCAUGCACUGUGAAACAAAUGGUUUGAUUUGUUAACUUUGAUCUAAUUAUGCUGUUCUCUUGUCUAAUGAAAACUAAAGCCAGUGUCUGAUAUUACUGCUACAACACUGAUUGAGCCAAUUGGUUUGAAAUGUUUCAUCUGCUCAGUAAAAUAAACUUUUUUUUUAACAAUA